UCAAAGAUGUCUGCGCCCGUAAAAAAGUCAGGAAACGAUGUUGUUAUUGCUGUUAAAAAGGUCACGGAUUACUUGCUGAAAGGAAACAAAGUAAUCGACGAUACUGUCAUUCAUAGUUUGUUUGACAGUAUUAAACUUAGCUUUGAUAGUAUUGGUGACAUAGAAAAAGUUGAACUACAGAAAUUUGUAGAAGAUGUUGCAAAAAACUGCACAGAGCUAGACAGCUGUACUGUUGUGUUUAGUCUUGAAGUGACCGGCUGGCUUGGUGGGAACAAUGUUUAUUACGGAUGCUUUAAGUCUAGCAUACAUCAAGUGUUCCAUGCUAUUUGGGAGAAGUUGAAAUCCAAAGAUCUGUGUGAUAUAUCAGUCACAACAGCACUUUAUGAAAGCCUAGCUCCACUGGCUAAACAUGAGGAGGGUUUACAAUGGAUUGUUGGUGAUAAAGAGAUAGCAGAUGUGACGACAGAAGGCCUUGGUAUUUUAAGAGGGUCUUCUAGUAUAUUUCUUGAGAAAGCUGUAAUAAGGUAUUUGACAUCAGUUAUGGUUGCAUUAGAGGUUGAGUGUGAGAACAACUCAGCAGGCCAUUUGUUUUCUUCAAGACUACUUGAUACAACAGCGAGUAAUAUCGAAAACAGCUUCUGUAAGAAACAUGUAGGACCAUUUGUACCAGGUAGUUUGCAGCUCCUAGAAAAUCUGUGUAGACUGUCGCCAGGUACCAGUAAACAGCUGUUGACCAAUCACAUUGAUUUCUGCAAACACCUGUUAGAUAUGAUUGGCUCACUUAAUCCCAGGAAUUGUGAUACAGUUUUGAAUAUUAUUGGAGCUCUUCUGCAAACAGGACUAAAAGAAGAUAGCUGCAUGGAUAUUAGAGACAAUAGAGACCAUUUUAUUAGAAAGAUUGAGGACCAGCUCUCACACCUUGCUGCGGAAGGGAACAUUGUAGAUGCGCAAAAGUUGGCAGUUUGUUGUUUAAAGUCACAAGGAACUGUUAGAUUAGAGCAAAGUUGUAAAACGAUUCUGAUACAACCUGUCAACUGGAUACUGGAAGAAGAUGUUGAAUGUUCCAUAUUCCCGCAACAGGUUCUACAGACAGCUUUGUCAACAAAGUGUAGAUGUACAGAUAUUGUAUGCAGGUCAUUGAAUGGGAACACUAUAGGAGUCAACACUAUUACAGGGCUGUUAAGGAGAAGCAUUGUAUUUUCUGGACAUGGAGACAGGCCUUGCUCAAUGGCAGCAUCUUAUGUCUACAAGAAUAGGAAAAUACAGAGAAAAUGUCUGGAGACUCUGAUAACAUGUACACAAAAUGAUAGAAAAGAUGAAGAUUCAGGCUGGCUAACCAGGGCUGAACUUGUUGUAGAGCUAUUUAGAGAACCAGACAAUGAAACUGUGAUUUAUUCCCUGUGUUCACAACUGCUGCUUAACUGGCUGCCAUUAUUGUGUACAGAUGAGAAUGCAAUGCCUUUCACUGUAGUUUUAGCUCAGACAAUACAGUGCCACCUAAGUGCACUUCAGUGGGAACUAAGGGACACAACUCUUGAGCUCCUCAGCAGAAUUAUAGAACAAUAUAAAGACAACACAUCUGUAACAAAGUGGAUCAUUGAACAUAGACUACAUGUACAGAUAUGGCAGUGUGUGAAAGAUGGAGAGAGUUAUGUUAGAGCAUCAGCAAUUUCUGCCUUAUACCAGCUUUGUCUAUGUCCACAACUUUUGUCUGCACUCACCAAGUCUGGUCUAGUUAGUGAUGAGGCUGAUGUUAUUGAGGCUAUAACAGACAUUGUUGAAAAUGAUACUGAAGCCUUUGCUAGAAGAUCAGCUGUAACUUUCCUUCUGAAGGUGUUCAAGGUCAAGGUCAGUUCAAAGGUCAGGGCCACUUCAGAUGUUCAGGACAGUUCAGAUGGUAUACUUGAUAAUGUGAUAGCAACCAUUGUUAAAGCAACAAGGGACUUUGACUGGGAAGUGAAACUUAUUGCUUUAGAUGUUGUAAGCUUUGUUAUACAGCAGGAAUUAUCACAGUGGUCUAAAAUUCUGGGAAUGCCAGAUUAUGCAAAGGAUCUGUAUAACAUUAAAUCAGCUGAUAAAAGCGAGCCUGGGAAAGACAUGAGUCAUGUAAUUGAUGGAUUAUGUAGGAACGAAAUAGUGAGUGUAUUAAUUGAUGCACUGGAUGAUUAUGAUGAGAAAGUAUGUGAGAAAGCUUUCAAAGUUUUCUCAGAUUUACAGUCUCUUGUGAAAACAAUUACAGACCCAUUUGAAAAUGAGGACAAUGAUUUAAUUGAUACAUGUGGAAUGAAGAAAAGAAAGUUGGAUGAUAUGUAUAGGACAGGAACCACAGAUACAAAACAAGAUAAUGACACAAACAGACUACUGUCUCUUGAAUUUAGAACAGAUAAUUUUGAGAAGGGCGUUAAAAAUUUCAGACACCUAGCUGAAGUAUCCUCUGUUGCAAAUAAUAGGAAUGAAAUAUUGGGUGAAAAUACUACUAAGAAGAAUGACAAUAUACGUAAGAUUUUAGAUUUUGAUUUGUCUGUAUACAAAUCAAGAAUUGAACAGGUGAAUGAUGGAGCUGCUAAACUUCUAAGUUUGGUUGAGGAUAUUUUAACAGCUGCAGAUAAAGAGGACGAUGAAAAUGCUGUAGAUUGUUAUUAAGA